AUGAGAAGCAGAAGCGACGAGUCGGAGAGACUGUACCUGACAGCCGGUGAAGACUGUACCCGACAGUAUAGCCUCAGGAGGAGUAGGGGAUGGGGACCUCAACGUCAGAGAGCGAGAGGAGCCAGCGGACUAGUAGAUUUAGGCGACUGUGGAGAUUUCCGAGAGGAGAGGCGUUCCAUAGCUAAUAGAGGCCUGGGGGGACCAGCCCGGGAUGAAGUAGCCGAGGAAAAUGGAAAGGAUCGGAAGAAAACGGAAGAAGCGGGCCGGAAAAAGAAACUGAAGGGUCUUCUUCGGCGGAGAUCAGACAGAUCUAGGUCAAAACCACGGUGGUGGGGUGAGAGUGCUGAGAUCGAGACGGUGGUUGGGCUUCCAUCGAAAAACGUGCUUGGGAGCGUUUUGCAUUUCAAGUGA